GGGCGGGGCGGGCCGGGCCCAAGAUCCCGGCGGUGCCCGGUGCUGCCGUCAGUGCGAUUGGUGCUCUCGCCAUGGCGGCUGGUAACGGCAGCAAGACGGCCGGGCGGCUCUACGACAUUGUGGUGUUCGGCGCCUCGGGCUUCACCGGCCAGUUCGUGGUGGAGGAGGUGGCGCGGGCGGCGGCGGCCGCCGGCGAGGGGCAGCUGUGCGGCGGCCGCCUGCGCUGGGCCGUGGCCGGGCGGAGCCGCGAGAAACUGCGGGCGGUGCUGGAGCGGGCGGCCGAGCGGCUGGGGAAGGCGGCGUUCGGGGAGGAGGUCGGCGUGCUGCUCUGCGAUGUGGGCGACGCGGGCUCGCUGGCCACCAUGGCGAGGCAGACCCGGCUGGUGCUCAGCUGCGUGGGCCCGUAUAGAUUCUUGGGAGAACCUGUGGUACAAGCUUGUGUUGAAAAUGGUGCAAGCUGCAUUGACAUUAGUGGAGAACCCCAGUUUCUGGAAGGAAUGUACCUGAAAUACAAUGAAAAAGCUGCGGAAAAGGGAGUGUAUGUUGUUGGAAGCUGCGGCUUUGACUCCAUACCAGCGGAUAUGGGAGUAAUAUACACCAGAGACAAGUUGAAAGGUACCUUAACUGCUGUUGAGAGUUUCCUGUCGGUGAAGUCUGGGCCUGAGGGUGUUUGUGUACACGAUGGGACCUGGAAGUCAGCUGUCUAUGGCCUUGCAGAUGAAGGCAACCUGAAGAAGCUUCGAAAAAAGAUAGGAUACGCCCCUGUUCCAGUAGUUGGUGCAAAGCUUAAGAAAAGAGGGUUUUUGUUUUACAAUCAGGAAUUCAAGGAGUACUGCAUUCCAUUCAUGGGAUCUGAUGGUUCUGUUGUGAAAAGGACUCAGCGUUAUUUGCACACUGAGUUGCAGGAAACACCUGUCCAGUAUGGUGGUUACGUGAAUGUAGGUGGUCUUGGCUCUGUUAUCAAGCUGAUGUUUGCGGGCAUGUUAUUUCUUCUUCUGGUGAAGUUUAACUUUGGAAGAAAACUUCUGACAAAAUACCCGGAAUUUUUCUCUGCUGGACGCUUCACAAAGGAAGGGCCAACCCAGAAACAGAUGGAUGGAACCUCUUUUACAAUGACUUUUUUUGGUGAGGGUUACAGUGAGGGACAGGAUCCCCAGAAUGGCAAACCAAAUGUGAAGAUCUGCACUGAAGUGAAAGGACCAGAGCCUGGAUACAUUGCUACACCAAUUGCAAUGGUUCAAGCAGCUGUAUCUCUUCUGGAAGAUGCAGCUUCUCUGCCUAAACGGGGUGGCGUAUAUUCUCCAGGAGCUGCCUUCUCCAAAACAAAACUGAUUGAUCGCCUCAACAAACGUGGUGUUGAGUUCUCUGUUAUUAGCAAGCCUGAAGUCUGAAGUCAAAACAUAACUGUAUGAACUAAUACCUUUCCUGGGUGUAACUGUAAUAAAACUCAUUUGGCUGCAAAAGCCUAAUCAUAAAACAGUUUCACUGUGCUAUUGUUUGCAGCAGAAACAGAAGAAAAUUUGAGUUAAAAGCUAUAAUAGUAUUUGCUAUAGUGAGCAACCCCCUAAAGGGUGGGUAUUGAGUGUUAAUUCAUAGACAUAUUAAAUUGGUAACUUCUUGGGUACUAAUUCUGGAAUUUUAAUCUCAUUCAUCUAAGUUCAAGUUCCUGCUUCAUGGACUCACUAUAGUAUCUGCUUCACAAGUAACCAUAGCUGCCUUGCUUUGCCUCAUUCUGCAACUCUGUGAAGCAGGCAGCCUGGGAACACAAGUGCCUUAGCAGAUGAAACGACUAGUUACUCCUCACGUGGUUGGCAUGUGUCUUUAUUAACAUCUUCAAUGAAUCUUUCCUUUAUUUAAUAACUGUUCUUAGUGCAGAUCUAUGUGUCGUUUCUGUAGUUAGGUAAGUAGUAGUUAUCUGUAUUGUGUUUUGCUUCUGUAAAGAAGGAGGCUUGUUCUGCUGAUUGUUUUUGGAAUAUGACCUGAAGUAAUCCGGGUUCUGGCUGCACUGUUUCACACUACUUGACACUGUGGUUGAUGAGCCUGCUUUUUGCUGUUAGCGUUAAGAAUUAUGAGAGUGUCUUGUCCUGUUGUCUGAUUUCUGGGUUUGUAUUUGUGGGCAAUGGAAGCCUUGAGUUACAGGAAUAUUUGAAAGGUAGCCUUCAUGAUUUUCAGGAGUGUGAAUACAUUAAAUUCUGUUUCUGUGCUUUUUUUUUUUGUUGUAUCAGUAGAACUUGUAAAAAUUCUGAAAAUUAAUAAUAUAUAUAAAGGUCAUAAAAGUCUCCCUCAGUUGCAUCACAUUCACCUUUUGUAUUAGGAGGGAAAUCAUAGACAACUUGAUGUUUUACAGUGUCAUAGCUGUAUUGAAAAUUGCUUUAUGGAUGUAGUUCACUAUAUGGUGGUGUUUUAGGUGCUGCUUCUUAAGUUUAUGCUGUCACUGCACUGUCUUCUGUAACCUAAAGUUAAAAAACAUCUGUUAUUACUUUAUUCAUUACCAAACAGACUAAUUUCACACUGAGCUAGAUGAAACUGAGGACACUGAAACACUGCUUUUCUGGUCACAUCACCCCUGAAUGUGAAACAUAUGAACAUGCUCUGUACUACAAGUGAGAGUUUUUGUAUUUGAGGCACUGAGAUCAGAGCAGUCCCUGUGUGCAGUUCACAGGCUCUGGUUCUGGUAUUUCUGUUCAGAACUGACCAUUUCCCACUGCCCAUGACCAGGCAGCAGUUUUCCAACACAAGGUGUGUAUGUAACCAGCAGUGACCAUCACAAUGCAGUGCCCUCUGCACUGCUCCACAGCCAGAGUGACCCACUCUGCCUCGGACAGGGUAAAAUACAAUUGGCUCCCCAAUGCUUAAAGCCUCAGUCAUGACAACAGAAAGGUUAUUUUUCAAAUUAAUUUCCUGAAGAAACAAAAAUCUAGCAUCUUGUUAUCUGCACUGUUAUCUCCUAUCCCAGUAAUUUGGAAUUUCUGUGCUGCUCUUUUAAAAGGCACACAACCAUUACUCCAUAUGGCAGCACUUUCAGUUACUGUAUUCCAGAUGCCUGUCAACAAAGCAACAGCCACAACUUAGUUCUGCACUAAUUAAUCAAUCUGCACAUAAGAUGAAGGGACAGUGCUGUAAAAAUACCUACAUAUCUUCAUCUAGCAGUGUUCAGGUCUUCCUAGCUCAGAAAUAUCUUACAGUAUUGAAAGAGUUAAAAAGGAGACGUUCAAUAGUAUAGAUGAUAUUUCAUAACAAGAAAAAGGUUAUAAUUUAAGGAGAUGGCAAUGAUUUCAUUCAUGUAGGCAAGGGCAAAAAGAUCAGAACCAGUUGUUACUGCCUUGCAUGGUAACAGUUUAACACAAAAGUAGUAAAACUACAGAGAGUCAGCACUGAAUCUGACAGAGACUGAGAUCACUGACAGUGCUUAGCUGCCAUUCAUGUGACGACUGGAUUAAGUGAUGCAUGCACUUCUUGGUUGUAGAAAUCCACAUCAAACUAUAAAAGCACUUAAAUACUGACAUGGUUAAGCCACAAAUUUUAAGUAGCUAAGUGUAGAUCAAAAAGUCCACGUUCAACUUACUUUGUUCCAUUCAAUAAAAACAAGCGUAUUUCUCAAAGCUAUGGGACCACUGCAAAUAACUGAAAAUUAAACUUUCCCUCUGUUCCCAUUUUACUGCUUUGAAAAGGACUGUGUAUACAAUAACCACAUGCAUACUAAAAAUACCUCACAAUUUGAAUCCAGGGGCGUUUCAUUUUAAACCAAGCUCACCAGCUUUUGGUUUGGUUGGUUGCUACUGACUUCUUAAAAUACAAACCUUAUUUGUAAGAGGAGUUUCCAGUAAAUUCAGCUCUGAUGCUCUUGGAAGAUUCUUUUGGGAGCUGGAGCGAUGUGUAUUUGAUCUCAGGGGGCUGGAUGCCACGGAAGAAGUAGAAGCUCUGCAUGGGGACUGCUGGCUCUCAUCCUGUGCCACAGAGCGGGAAGGAACAGGACGAACCACCAAAUCCAGUAACCUGUUAAAACACACAAUUUAAACUAGGAAUAUAAAAUAAACAAAAAAAAUCAUGCUGUGAUCAUCUCAGAUGAUGCAGAACGGAAACAUUCAGUGAACAAGAAAUACAGGUGAACCCUCACUGCUGGGGUGAUAUAUUAGGCCCACAUGGAAGUGACAGGCACUUCUUUUUGUCUGUCAAAGUCUAUACACCAACAGCUUGGUGGUAGUCAAAGCUUUAGUUUCAGCUGUCUUAAACUCUGUAAGCACAUUUACCAUAAUGUAAAUACAUGUAUUUGCAUUACUAAGGUUAUAAUAUGAGAAAUAAAUAAGUCUCUCCAAAUAG